AUGGCGAAGCAUGACAUUCCGCUUGGCACCCUCAAGGACUGCUUUGAGUUCCUAUUCUGGUUGAAUAGUAGGACAGAUGUGCAAACCCAGGUGGCCCGAAAUCUACAUGAUCGUAUCAGUAAAUAUUUUCAAGAGGGUGCUACACAUUUCAACCUAGACAACGUCAAAAUUGGCUUGUCGGAUUUCCUUGGCCACGUGUCAAAGUUUUAUGAGAGAUUAUGCUACUACCCAAGGCCGGGGAGUUAUGGCAGUAAACAACCGAAAGAGAUUGUGGACGCUAUACUUGAAUGCCUACCCAAGUUCCUCGCAGCAAUCUAUUUUUUGGAGUAUUGCGUAAAUAAUACAUUCUCAAGACUUGGCGGCGGGGGAUGGCAGUUGAAUUAUCCUGGGUAUGAUAACAGUUGGGGCGGCGAACUGCAGCCCUAUCUCAGAUCAACGGAUCAUGCUAAAUAUGGUGGCAUACUCCCCGGCGGUUUCGAUACCGGCGAGGUGAGAUAUAACCCAACAUUGUUUCACAGUGGCUACUACCAGGGUUCUUAUAUGGCAACUGAUCUUGGAAACAUCUUGAGCAAAAAAUAUUACAAUUUCUACCGGAGCGUGUUCGUCAUUUCCGUCAUUGGAGACGCAGCCCAUCGUAAAGAGAGCACCGCCAACGCCCUCUCACUGGUGAGAACCUUUUGCGACAUUGUGGCUGCGGCUGAAACAGAAGAUAAGGGUAAAACAUUAAAACCAAAAUUGGAAGCUGGCCAUGGGAUAAUAAAAACCCAAUAUUCCAUCUGUUGGCAAGACCUAAAAGAACAUUGCGCUCACCUUAGAAAUCAAUUUAAUAAGUUUUUCUAUGAUGAACGCUUUGACUUCACGGGCCAGUCGACGGAUACCAAAAACCUUAAGACAGAGCUUGCAACCAAAACUGCGGACUGGUUGAGAGGGAACCUAACCAAAGUGCGGGGCAAAUUGAAUGAUAUAGAUACAAAAGACCCUGCCAUCGACAAGCCUAGUAAGGGCAACCUUGGCAAAUAUUUUACCGAUAAUUUCUUCCCAUACGGAUUCACAUUAACUGUAAAGGAUCGCAGGCGAAUGACGAGCAGAGAUUUGCAGAGUGUGAUGAAGGAUUGGCGCGAUGGAAUCAAUGAGUUUUUUGCCGCUGGUAAAGGUUUGGAAAGGCUUAAGGAAAUUUUGGACGGAACGUAUCAAGGAAAAUGUAGAAAGCCUCUGCCACCAAAAGUUGAUGCAACUGCAAACCAAGGCAAGAAGGGUGAGGGAGCACAGAACCAGGGCAAGAAAAGUGAGGGAGCACAGAACCAGGGGAAGAAAGCGGAGGGGAAUCAAAAUCAAGAUAUUAGUCAAAGUGGAGAUACGUCUUCAGGUUCGGCAAGUGGAGACUCUGCUCAGACUCCUGGUACUCCAGGAGUUCCAGACCCGGUAGGGCCUACUGGUAGUCAAGGUCUACCAGGGUCUAAACGUACAGUGGAUCCGGCGUCUCCUCAGGUUCCAGGUCCGUCAGUCGCAGACUCUGCUGCUCCAACUCAGGCUUCCGGUAAGGAUGGAGCUACAGGCCCGCAAGGGUCUACUGGUGACGGAGGUAAGCAAGGGUCACCUGGCUCAGGUUCCACGGCGUCUUCUCAGGUUCCAACUCCAAACGUUGCCGACUCUUCCGUUCCAGUGUCCACGGUGUCUUCUUCGACGCCAGGUUCCCCAGUUAUACAAGCUGUUCAACCUCAACAACCACAGCCUCCACCGCCUGCCCCCCCUCUUCCUGGAGGCCCUGGUCAGCCAGGUGUCGGGGGUCCAUCUUCAACUGACAGUGUUACUCCAGGUGCAGAGCCUGGUAUCCCUAAAGGCACUGUGCUUACUCAUACUACAAGUGCUUCAGGUUCAGGCGCUGGGUCAACUGCUGAUCAGGGGACUGGUAUACAUGGUAGUGGAGGAGCCGGAAAAGGCGACGACCUAGGCGGUGGUCAAAAUGGUAAUCAAGCCUCCGAUCACAGUUCAAGUGACGGCCCUACUGUACCGGGUACCACGGCGCCUGGUGGAGGGGGUGGGAAGGGGCAGCAGGAUCCGCCGAAGCCGAUACCAUGCCGGAAUGUUACGCUGCAAAAUCUUUUGGCAGGUGGCAACAAUUGGUGUCCUUCAACAUAUAAGCCGCCUAAUCAAGUUCCCUACAAGUUUAGUGAUCCUGACGCUCUUAAUAAAAUCCACGAGAAAGUCAAAAAUGAGUCACACUCAGCAUCUCAGAAUCUCAAUACACCAGAUAUUCUGCAAAAUCAAAACAAUUCCGGGCAUCUUACGUUUGGCCAUUCCCUGAAACCUACUAGGCUUCGUCCUGGUGAUAGGCUUCCGACUCCUCCACCCCAAGAAAAGCCUUCCGUUCUUAGUGGAAGUGAAGUAGAAGAGAAUGAGGCUUAUCCAAUGAUUAUGAAUGACGAAUAUAGCGAUGCCAUCAGUCUCGAAGGUAAUGCAAAAUUCGACAAUUCUAGGGAUUAUCGUCAACUGGACGAGGAGCAACGAGGUCAAGAAUUAGACGAUCAAUGGAAAAAAUAUUAUGGUGACCAAGAACUGGUAAAUCGACUGGAUAGAAUGAAACAUGAUAUGGAACUAAGGCAGGCAAAAAUCAAAGAGUUACAACAUGCGAGAACGGUGCACGAUCAUAAGGAGCAGUUGAGGCUUGAAGCAGUCAAUUCAUUAGCAAAAUCUGGUACGAUUUCUGGAACUGCAAUUGAAAGAGAUCAUAUUGUGGUUCCGACCUCUAAAUCUACAAAACCUCAACCGACUUUUAUCAUAUCUAAAAAUCAUUCCCUUCCCACUGUAAAACUAGACGACUACUCCAUGGCGAAAUUUACGGAUGUCACUGGCACCGUUUUAACGCAGUCACCAAAGAUGAAAACGAAGGACACAGUUUCGCUCCCAGCGCCACCAACUCCAUAUGUCACCGGCAAGUCGAUUGACGAUAAUAACAUCGAUUCUCUCACUUCCUCGUAUCCUGUAGGUGAGUUGCACCCAGCGAGGCCGCCUCCCGUAGAUGUAGAAAUUGUCCGCCCUCCUGCUCCCCCAAAUAAAUCAAAAGCAUACCGUACAAUGGGCGUUCCUCCAGUGGAGCUCAUUGAUCAACCCCGACCGCCAAUGCCAUCGGCGCGGAAGACAUAUCGCAAUGACGCCGAAAACCUUCAAACCAUGGUGUACUUUGAUAAAUCAAAUCCAGAAAAGCAUUCGACAACGAUUACGUUGAACACAAUGGCCGACCUUAACGUCUGCCAAAACCCCUGGUACGCUCCCCCUUCCUCCUCCUCCACUACCGUCACUCCAGCUCCCUCCCCUCCCCCAGGCUCCGACCAUAUGCCCGUGCCCAACACAGUCAGGGAGAUGCUCUACUGGUUUGUCGGCUUGAAUGAAUUGGGGUAUGUUGAGAAGAUUAAGGAGCAUGUUGAAGGCAUUUUGAAAGACAUCAACAAAGAUGUCUCACAAUCUCCAGAUGCCCUCGAGGUCACCGGGGAUCCCACUCAGCUGACCGCUUCCCAUGUCGCCGCCAAACUGACAGAGGCGUGUCUCUACUCGGCCAGCGUUCUAUACAGGCUCAAGCACAAAGACAUAUCCGAUGACUUCAAAACCUUUUUCGAGGAUAAAGAAAAAUAUGCCCUUCAUUAUUCCCCCGACCCCGCUUGUCUCCUCUGCCAGCUGCGGGACUACGUCUACGCCUGCUACCACCAGUUGCGGUUCUUAAGGUCGCAGUGUUCUCGGGAUCAAUCACAUGGUGGUUGGCAGGAUUGUCAAUAUGGCAGUGACAUCAAAAUGCCAUCUCCUCUCCAGGCCUUCCUGACUGACGCCUCCACAUCCAAGUUCGAGACACAUCCCUUCGACCCGCGCAACAUCUGCCGCAAGAGCCGUGUCAACAUGGGAUUCAAGCAGGAGCAUCUGCCUGCAACUCACGAAACUGGCAAGCAUAUUUCCACCAUCCUCACUCCCACCUGCGGCGGCGAUGACCCCUUGCUGACAUUGGCCUCCUACCUCAACUGCCUCACCAGGCGGACGCCGCGCACCACGGGGGAGCUUGUCUCCUUCUUCCACAAUUUCGGGAAUUCACUCUACAAUCCCCCUUCACAGUUGUCCAAGCUGGGCUCCGCCCUCUCCGCUCGACAUGACGACUGCCCCGGCUGGGAUCGUCUUGGUGACGCCGACCUCCAAGCCGUCCAGGGCAUCAGGGGCUCCGGCUCUCCCAACUCCAACCACAACCACAACCACAACAAUGGCCAUCCCAACACCCUGUCCUCUCUACAUGGCUGCGACAUCACCAAUGCCCAGUGCCCACAACACUUCACGCCCAUCACCUACCGGGCCUACGCCCUGUGCUCUGCCAGCUUCGCCCACCACUACCUCAGCUGGACGGCCUACCUGACUGACAGACUGUGGGAGUCACUGCUCAAGCUGUACUGUGAUCUCGAGGACCUUCAAUGUCACGACUCCAAGUCCAAGUCUAUUCACCAGUGUGACAAGGCCCUGCCCCUCCUCUACUCUCACGGGUUCACGCCGCCGGAGGAUGUAUCGCAGCCGUCACUCACGUGUUCCAAGGUCAUCGACAAGCUGAAGGAAGUGGUAUCCGGACAGCCUAUCGCAAGCCUCAUGACCGCCAUGGACACAUUCCUCUACGGCAUCCGGGAGCCUUUCAUAUACAUUCUGUUCACACUGUGGCUCAUCGCCACGCUCUACAUCUCCCACACGGUGCUCUACCGCAUGGACGUGCUACGCAUCCGCUCCCACCUCAUGCGCUCCAAGGCGUCCCACCUCAUCUACGUCAAGGCACUACUCACUCACUGGAGGAAGCUUCUGUCACUGUACCGCGACAUCGACUACUUCGACGACGAACCUAUGGGGCAACUUGGUGUCACGUAA